UUGCAGUUAUGGAGUUGCGAUGCUGAAUCCUAUGCUCAGUCGCACGCUGAUUCGUGUAAUCAAGCCUUACAACCAGUGGAUGUUCAUCCCGGUCACAAAGAGAACGUCUACAGAUUUAACGGAACAGGAGACCCUGCAGGAGCUGCUGAAGCGGCUAUGAAUAACUGGUGGAGUCAGUUGGCGAGGAACGGCGUCCCAUCAAACAUGCAGUACACACAGCAGGUUGCGAACCAAACUGCCCCAGUGACUUCAUUCACAAAGAUGGCCUGGUGGAACAACAUCAAAAUGGGGUGUGCUAUAAACCAAUGCAAUGGUUUCAUGCUCGUUGUCUGUAUGUACAGUCCAGGGGGCAAUGACAUCGGCAGACCAAUCUAUAAUAUUGGAGCUCCAUGCUCGCAAUGUCAAGGAGGGUGCAUUGCAGAUCUCUGCACCUAA